UGAAAAAAUAUUUAAAUUCUAAAUUACAAAUCCAAAUUCCCAACAAACACACCCGACCCUGUAUAUAUAUAUAUAUUGCAAAUAUCCCUAAAUGAUUUGACCAACCAAACACGGAACGAGCGAUUCUUGGAACCUGUACCAUCAGAUAAAUCGACACCGUACAUCCAGGGGACUGCAUUUUCAACGGUGCAGAUCUAACCAACCUAAACAUUGGACCCUACCAUUCCCCUCCCUAUAAAAUCGGUUCCAGUCCAUCACUCUAUGCGUACCAGAAAGCCAAAUGGGUUCCACGGACGGACCCGUACCCGGAUCCGAAACCAAACCUCAUGCGGUACUAAUACCCUACCCGGCGCAGGGACACGUCAACCCCAUGCUCAAGUUAGCAAAACUCCUCCACCACAGCGGUUUCUACAUAACUUUCGUCAACACCGACUUCAACCACCGCCGCCUCCUCCGCUCCGGCAGCCUCUCGGAGCUCCACCGACUCCCGGAGUUCCGAUUCGACUCAAUACCCGACGGUCUCCCGCCGUCCGACGCCGAUGCGACGCAGGACAUCCCCUCGCUCUGCACCUCCACCACCACCACGUGCCUCGAGCCGUUCUGCGACCUGCUCUCGAGGCUCAACGCCGGCGACGGAGGUGCGCCGCCGGUGAGCUGCAUCGUCUCCGACGGCGUCAUGAGCUUCACGCUGAAGGCGGCGGAGAGGUUCCGGCUGCCGGAGGUGCUGUUCUGGACCACGAGCGCCUGCGGCCUUUUAGGGUACACGCAAUACCGUCGGCUUGUAGAGAAAGGAUAUACGCCCCUUAAAGAUAUGAGCCAAGCCUCAAACGGGUACAUGGAAACUACAAUAGAUUGGGUGGCCGGAAUGUCGAACGAUAUACGGUUACGCGAUUUUCCAUCAUUCAUCAGAACCACCGACCCCAACGACAUAAUGCUCAAUUUCUUGAUGCAAGAAGCCGAUGCUAUCCCUAGAGGGAAAGCUCUCAUAAUGAACACAUUCGAUGAAUUGGAGCGCGAUGCCCUUGAAGCCCUCUCCGCCAUAGUUCCACGUAUCUACACAUUCGGCCCUCUUCAAUUGAUGAUGAGCCAUGUCCACGACGAGCGUCUCGAUAUCAUCAACUCAAGCCUUUGGAAGGAGGAUUCCGGUUGCAUCGAAUGGCUCGAUACAAAAGACCCCGGCUCCGUGUUUUAUGUCAAUUUCGGGAGUAUAACGGUGGUCACGGCUGAACAACUAACGGAAUUUGCAUGGGGACUUGCCAAUAGCAAAAAGCCCUUCUUAUGGAUCAUCCGGCCCGAUAUUGUUGUUGGCGAAUCCGCCAUGCUUCCACCCGAGUUUCUGGCGGAGACUAAAGAUAGAAGCUUGAUGAUCAGUUGGUGCCCUCAAGAGAAAGUGUUGCAGCAUCCAGCAAUAGGUGGAUUUUUGACGCACAAUGGAUGGAAUUCGACGAUUGAGAGUAUUGCAAGUGGUGUACCGGUUAUAUGUUGGCCCUUUUUCGCGGAGCAACAAACAAAUUGUCGGUAUUGCUGCGUGGAAUGGGGAAUUGGAAUGGAGAUAGACAACAACGUGAAAAGGGACGAGGUAGAAUUGCUUGUACGAAAGCUUAUGGAUGGCGACGAGGGCAAGAAAAUGAAAGCCAAUGCAAUGACUUGGAAGAGGAAAGCCGAAGAGGCGACGGCGCCCGGCGGAUCUUCCUAUUCCAACUUCAAUAAAAUCAUCCAUGAAGUCCUUUUAGAGUAAUAUAUUGCAUUCUUAAUUUUGUUACAAGAAGGGCCUCUACUCUUAUGUUGUUGUUGCUGCUAUUGUUUUUUUUUUUUUUUUUUUCUUCUUUGGAUGGAUACUUGUGGGUUGUGUUUUGAUGUUUUAAUUUGGUUAUAGUGAAUUGGAAUUGAAAUAAUUGUUUAAUGUAAAAAUGUAUGUUUGAGUUA